UUUUCCACUCCUCUCCUUUUUCCUUCCUCCGCUCGCUCCUCUCCUUUGGGGCUGAGACGCUUCACCUCGAAACAGGCUGCUGCUUGGUUGAGGUUUCGGCGCCGUCGGAGCCCGUCAGCAGCCGGCUUCUCCCAACUCCUGAUGCCAGCAUCUGUUUUCUUGAGGUCUGCCUUCGGUGACCCUUUUGAUCUAGACCACGAGUUUCAGACCCCGAGUAGGCCACGUCCCAACAGGACAGCAAAGAGCCCAAAACAAGGGGAAAAGAGCCAGAACCUGCUCCCUUGCCCAAGCCAGCGUCCCACGGACCACCAGCAAGCACUUCGGUGACUAUAAAGCAAAGGGCGCAGGCCUGCUAAGGCUACCAUUCCUCCACAGCUAGCAGAGAAACCCCAUGAUGAUUAAGGUGGAUAUUUCAAUCAAUCCUGGGGCACCGGUGUGAAGUUCCAGCUGGCUUGCAAGGAAACCGUGCACUGACAAAGCCUUGGCUGGGAUGAUGCAGUUGGGCUGGUCCUGCUUGGAGCAGGGGUUGGACUAGAUGUGACCUCCUGAGCUCCCUUCAACCCUCAUUGUCUAUAGUACUAUAACUAGAAAUAAUUCUAGUAUUAUAUAUUAAAUCUAUAUCAGAGAACGAUAAAGGCAAGUGGGAUGACCUGGGCGGUGACAGACGGUCAGCUGGAUACUGGAGUGGCUCUACAGAGGACUUGAUUAAGGAAGAAUUUAAAAGAGGGUAAUGUCAUGAAUAGGGUUUAUAGCAAAUGCAUCUUAUCGAAAUGACUUCACAUCUUCUCCUCCUUUGAUGAGACGACAAGUUGAUAAAGGUAAUCGUGUCGAUGUGACGUUGUCCUAGGCUUCUCCACAGCGCUAGCUCUGGAGUUAGCAAUUCGAGGAGAGGCUGCCAAACUAGAGAAAAGAGCUGUAAGAAAUGACUGAAGUAUUAUUGCCUUGAAGCAAAAGCGCGGGCUCUCUAGCUUGUCCAAGAAAAAGGUUAAGAGGUGACUUCGCCAUUUCUACGUCCCGAAAGAGGGAAUGGAGGUUGGAUAACGUGGCUCUUCCAUUAAUCGGGUAAAAGCAGCAUAAUCCAGGCCCGGAAGGUGAAGCUGGACGAGCCCGUGUUCGCUGUUGUAGUCGCCGGCCCCGUGAGCGCGAGUUACCCUUGGCAGCGCAGGGAUGGAUGGAGCUGGCUACGAUGCUGCCCUCUCACCAACAGCUACUCUGGUUCGACUGGGGAUUAACUCCCAUUUAGACCCGUGUAAACAGGGCCGGCAGGCAAGCAGUGCUUUGCUCGUAGGGCCGGACCCCGGCAAAGCAAGUCUCCCUUGGUGGCAGCAAACUAGAAUUAGCAGAAGGGCGCUGGUUUUGAUGCCACGGGCAAAUGAAGAGGAAGCAAAGCGUGGCCUUGUGCUGCACCGGCGGAGGUCACUUCACCUGACUUCCACCCCUGUAAAAUGGGUUUAAUUUCCUCACUCCAGGGGGUGAAAAAGCUCAGGGGCGAAGCAGCGUGGGCCAGGCCGGGACCGGCGCGCGGCCCUGCAUUGCAAGCUGUCGCAACGCUCCCAAGCCCUGCAGCACGGGACCGACCCCGUGCAGCGCCGAAAGCAGGGCGCGGCAGCGUGUUUGGGUAGAGUGCCAAAAACACCCGCAACCUCGACUUGCGAGACGUUGGCGUGCCAGGGGCCACGAGGGGCCUGGUCCUGGUGGCAGCGCAGCCCUGGCCCCUUCCCCGCCAUCUGCCCCGAGCAAAAAGCCUUCGCGUGCCACCCGUGCGGGGGGUGCAACCCCUGGCCUAAGCCCUCUGCCUACAUCCUGGUGAAUGGGGAGCCUUGCUGGGGGACUACAACUCCCAGGUGCCCUUGCAGCAGGCCCCAGCUGCCGUUGGCUGCGGGCUGCCACGUGGCACAGCAGCUGGAGCCCAGCCUCCCAGGUGGGUGGCUGCAGGAUGGAGCCGGGGCAGCGCAGCAGGCUGGCGCUGCUCACCGACCUCUACCAGUUCACCAUGGCCUAUGGCUACUGGCGGGCUGGGAGGCACUGGGAGCCGGCCGAGUUCGAGCUCUCCUUCCGCAGGUGCCCCUUCCAGGGGGGCUUCGCGCUGGGCGCAGGGCUGGGCGAGUGCCUGGCUUUCCUGCGGGGCUUCAGCCUCUCCCAGGCAGACAUCGAAUACGUGCGGUCAGCCCUGCCCAGCGGCACGGACGAGGCCUUCUUCGAUUACCUGCGCACCGUGGACGCCUCGGAGGUCACCGUCGCGGCCGUCCCCGAGGGCUCUGUCGUCUUCCCCAGGGUCCCGCUGCUGCAGGUGAAGGGGCCCUUGCUGGUGGUGCAGCUGCUGGAGUCCACGCUGCUGUGGCUGUUGAACUACGCCAGCCUCGUGGCCACGAACGCCGCCCGCUUCCGGCUCCUGGCCGGCCCGGACAAGAAGCUGAUGGAGAUGGGGCUGCGCCGGGCCCAGGGCCCGGAUGGCGCCUUGUCCGCUUCCAAGUACUCGUACGUGGGGGGCUUUGACUUCACGAGCAACGUCCUGGCGGGGCAGCUGUACGGGAUCCCGGUGCGCGGCACCGUGGCCCACUCCUACAUCACGUCCUUCUCGGCGCUGGCCGAGGUGCAGCCCCGGGUGAGUGCGUGGCAGGGCCCCCCACAGCCGGCCACCCGGGAUCGGUCCUGCGGGUCCUUGGAGCAGCCCCGCCAGGUCUACGAGGGAUGCACCAUGUCCCCUGCAGAUGCUGGCGCCCCGGGCCGGAGGCGAGCCGGUGGACUUCCCGUGCCUCGCCGCGACGUGGCUGGAGCGGGCCUGCCAGCUGCUCCGCGUGCCCCGGGAGGGGGUGAACGAGGGAGAGCUGGCGGCGUUCGUGUCCUACGCCAUCACCUUCCCCUGCAGCUUCCAGGGGCUGGUGGACACCUACUCUGUCAUGAGGUCUGCGAGCCGCUGCCCAGCUUGCCGGAGGUCAGGAGCCACGCGGAGGCCUCCCUGCGCUCGCUCGGCCCUGCUCACAAGAGGCUGCGGGAGCCCGAGCCGUACCAGGUGGCCACGACGGAGAAGCUGCACGUCCUCCUCCAGACCCUGCGCCAGGCCAGCCAGUGAGCUGUGCCCGCGGUCCAGGCGAGGCGCAGCGCCUGCUGCAGCUUGCCAACGCGCCAGCCCGCCCUGCCGCAGCCGGUCCCUGGGGCGCAGCUCUUCUCUGGAUUGCUUACAGGCCCUGCUCGUCCAGCGUCCUCGCGGCUUUGCUCCCUUGA